AUGCCCUCUCAUAGUGAUGCAGUCCAUAGUGUGGGUGGUUCUCCUGUGGAGUCCCCUGCAGUGUCUUCUGUAGUAGCUAGUACAGUCCAUAGUGCGGUGGAUACCCCUGCGGGGAUCACUGCUGAUAGACUUGUAGUAGAUAGGGCGGUGUGUUCUCCUGCGGGGAGCCCUGCCGGUAGUGGUGCCGGGACUAAUGCGGGUGCCCAUGAUGCCCCAGGCCGGUCAGCAAUUGGGGCGGUGGCUAUCAUCCCCUGCGGCCCUUGUGUCAGAGCCAAGAAGACAUGUGUCAGGGCUACGGCGGGGCAGUGUGAGCUGUGCAAGGCGCAGCAUAACACCUGCAACAUAGACGGGCGGGCACCUCGUACCCAGAGCACACCCGGCAGCGGCAGCACCACGGCCCCCAAGCCCAAGCGGAAGCGCCCCACCCUUGCAGAGCAGCGGGAGCAGCUGAGCACGUGGCGGAAGAAGGUCCAGGCCAUCCGGGCCCAACUGGAGCGCACCACGGAUCGAGCCACCAACCGGGUCCACGACAAAGAACACCCUAUUACGGCACGUGAGCUCGCCAUCCUCAUGGAAGACAUGACGGAGGAUCUCGCUGAGCAACUCACCUCGGUCAGCAAGAUGCUGCAGAACGCUCGGGACCGACUCUGA